AUGUCUGAAACUAAUACACCAGCUUCUACCUCUACUUCCGCUACUGCAACGAAACAAAAAAAGUUCCAACGGAGUGAGACGGCUAUAAAAAUUCUAGAAAAGGAAGAGAUUACAGGUAGUGCCUUUCUCAAUAUAACUAAAGAAGAGCUUCGCAGUUAUGGAAUACCAGGUGGACCCGCUUCAGACCUUGCCGACUUCGCUAAAGAACUUGGCAAGCAUAAAUUAAAGUCGGUCUCGUCUUACAAAACCCAGAAAGACCUGAGUGAGGUGCUGGAGGAAUAUGAGAUCGCUGGUGGAGAUAUAACUCUCAUUCCACAGUUCAUACCACCCACCCACACGAUCGAUGAAAGUGCCCCCAAAUUUAAGCUAUGCAUUGACGACAUUCUCCGUAGAAUAAAAAAUAUGGGUCCAGUUGUAGAUACUAAUGAAGCUAUGCGGUGCGAGUACAUUUCAACAAUCUUACAUACCGCUGUAAGUCUUCUCGACGGUUUGGUAAUCACACCUCGGGCGAAUAUAAUUGGCGAAGAAAACACUGGUCGUGUUGACUAUGCAAUCAAAAAAAUUAUAAGCAAAUUAUUGGUGAAAAUAAUUUGCAUAACCGAGGGCAAACAAAAUCAGAUGACUUUGGAUAUGAACAAGAAAAAGCGAAAGAUCGAUGAAGCGUUCGAUCCCGAUUAUGAUUACGUCUAUGGUAUAGUCAGUACUGGGACCGACUGGUUCUUCAUUCUUCACAGCACCGAGGGCAUCUAUAGUACGAGCAGGGUUGAAUACAGAAUUUCACUAACAGAAGACGCUCUCAAAGAUGAUACAAAAUUGCGUAAGAGUGUAAAGAGGGUUUUAGAAGUGAUUGUAGGAUUAUUAAAGGAUAGAGCAGUAAGUAGUGAGGAACCCGCAAUUAAGAAGCGUCGUGUAGAAGAGAUAAUCAAGGAAGAAUAG